CUUCAGGUAACAGUGGCCUUGCGAAUGUCGUGCGUAUAGAGUUUAUUUCUUAAAACUCUUUUUUUUUUUUUAAGUCUUCAGAAAGGCAAGAGUAACUUACCCCUCCAUUUUGGGAAUCAGACUCUGUUACUUCCAGAGAGACCUCUUCCCCGCAUCUUUUCCUUUAUAUCUUUACUCUUCUGCCGGUUAGACCGUCUCUCCCCGCGGUCCUCCUAGACGUCUCACCGUUUUAUUUGAAAAAAAAAAUUUUUUUUCUGUGCUUUUCGAGAAUCCCAGGCCCCGAAGUGAUCUUUCCUCCCGCUCUGUAGCGGAUCCCCGGCCACUUCCGUCCGCGUUCUCGGUCUGAGGGAUGGAGCCUCACGGCCCUCGGGAAUCCCCACCUUGGGAGGGUUCUUCCUUGCCCGGAGCAUGGUCUUCCUCCGCCCUCGGGCAGGCCUUCUCCCAGAUCUUGCACCAGUUUGCCGGCCAGGAAUCCCGACGGGGCAAGGCCAGAAGUGCAGCUCUUGAGGACCUCGCUGCUCUGCUCGAAGCUAAAGAAUGUGAUCGGUUAUUUGAAGGGAGUGACGCCUCGCUCCGUGGAAUGCCUGAGAUGCUGGGGCAGGUGGCAAAAGCCCUAGGGAAGUAUGCAGCCCCUGCCGAGGAGCCGGAAGGGAGAGGUGACCGCCACCCCGACGUGGCGGAGAAAGCGGCGGCAGUUGCGUUACUGUUUCUUAAGCUCUUGAGGAAGGUCGAGGCCGCCAAGAAUUCCUUGGUUUGCCCUGCAUGGAAGACAAGCCUCCGUCCCUUGGCAGGACCCAUCUAUAUUUUUGCAGUCACACACAGCUUGGAGCAACCGUGGACCAGCCCAAGAUCUCAAGAGGUCGCUGGACAGGUGCUCGCCUUAUUGCUUCAGGUCACUGAGUGUGGUUCUGUGGCUGGAUUCCUCCACGGAGAAAAUGAAGACGAGAAAGGGAGAUUUACUGCGAUCAUGGGGCUUCUCAAACCCGAUUUGAAUAAGGACUCCUGGAAGAAUAACCCAGCCACCAAAUAUGUUUUCUCAUGGACUCUGCAAAAGGUCCCUCGACCCUGGCUGAGCCAACAUCUGGAAAGAAUACUUCCUCCAUCAUUGCUCAUCUCAGAUGACUAUCAGACUGAAAACAAAAUCCUGGGUGUCCACUGCCUCCAUCACAUUGUGCUUAAUGUGCCAGCUGCUGAUUUGCUGCAGUACAACAGGGCUCAGGUCCUCUACCACGCCCUUUUCAACCACCUGUACGCACGGGAACACCACCUCAUUCAGGCUGUGCUCCUGUGUCUGCUGGAUUUAUUCCCCAUCCUGGAGAAAGCCCAGCACUGGAAGGGAGAUGGGGCCCGACCCACCACUCACUGUGACGAGGUCCUGCAGUUGAUCCUGACGCACAUGGAGCCCGAGCACCGCCUUCUCUUACGCAGGACUUACGCGAGAAACCUACCAGCUUUUGUGAAAAGGUUGGGGAUCUUAACUGUCCGGCACUUGAAAAGGCUGGAGCGAGUCAUCAUUGGUUACUUGGAGGUAUAUGAUGGACCCGAGGAGGAGGCCAGAUUGAAGACACUGGAAACCCUAAAACUUCUCCUGCAGUAUACUUGGCCCAGAGUCUCCUGUAGACUUGUGGUCUUACUGAAGGCUCUGUUGAAACUGAUAUGUGAUGUAGCAAGGGAUUCAAGCCUCACACCUGAGUGUGUUAAGAGCGCCUUGUUAGAAGAGGCCACCGACUGCCUGAUUCUCCUGGACCGCUGUGCUUCGGGACGGGUGAAGGGUCUCCUGGCUAAAAUCCCCCGCAGCUGUGAAGACAGUCAGGUGGGGAACUGCAUCCGAAGAGUGCAGCAGCUUUCUGAAGGAGCUCCCUGCAAUGCAACUUAAGACUUGUAUUACUUUCCUGAAGAGGAAAGGAUUUUCUUUCUCUUCCAGUUGUUUUAAAUGGAAUUAUUUCAGGCAAAAGGUAUAUUUAUACUAAACAUUAUAACUUAGA